GGGGAAGGUGCGGGGGGGGGGUGCGGGGUCCGCGGGUGCCGCUCCCGCACGGUGCCCCCCGUCCCGCAGGUUCCCCCCGAUACUGCGGGGCUGGGGGCUCGGGACAGGGAGCGGGGCACGUUGGUACCUCCGGGCCCGGCUUCCCAGCCCCUUCCCGUAACGCGGAGGAGCCGCUGCGUUGAGCCCCGCCGCGCCCGCCCCGCAGGUGAGCGGGAACGGGAUGCGCACCCCUCCCUCCCCGCCCCCAGGAACCCCCCCCCCCCGGGCCGCUCCGCCUUUGUCUCCGUCCUUUGUCUGCCCGGUCCCUGGCCGGGACAGCCUCAGCUCCUGCCUGCGGACACUCCCGCACCCCCGGAGCCCCUCCCAGCCCGCCCUCCCCCCGCACCAUGCACCCCAUUCCCCCGGGAUUCCCGGCGUCCCCAGUUCCUCUCCGCAUUCCCCCACUGCCUUCCCCCUGUCUCCUCCUCCCUCCUUCUUCUCCUCCUCCUCCUCCUCCGCUCGGGUUUGAACACCCCCUGCCCCGCAGCAGCUCUGCCUCCCCUCCCGCUGCCCGCACAGCCCUGCCCUGCUCAGACCCCGCAGCCGCCCACAGGUGAAGCAGAGCACCCAGGAUUAUGGCAACUUCUUCCCCCACCUCCUCUCCUUUCCUUCUCCUGUGCGUGCUGCUUCUUUCUGACAUCAGUCUUGCAGUUUCCCUGGAGCCUGGCACAAAGCUGAAAAAUGUCCCAGAGAACAACAACCAUCUUCAAAACCAAGAGAUGUGGCUGCAGCAGCCCAGGAGUGGGCAUCACCACAAGCACAGCUUGGCCAAGAAGGAGAAGGUCCUCUCCGUGCCUUCCCGAGGGCAGCCAGGGGGAGAGGAGACCUUCAGGACGGGCAGUGGAGCUCCAGCUGGGGAAGAACUGGUGGCAGAGGGACAGCCAGCAGCCCUGAAACAAAACAAGGACAUGUUCCUGGGGUUUGAAUUCCCGUAUCCUGAGAGGGACAACCAGUCCCCUGGGGCUGAGAGAGGAAAGAAGCAGAACCGAGAGCAUCGGCGCCAGAGCCGCAGGGACAGAGUGAAACAGCACAGGGGGAAAACUCCCGAGGGUGGCCCAAGCUCCCUGUACAAGAAACCUGAAAGCUUUGAGGAACAGUUUCAGAACCUCCAGGCAGAGGAAGCUCCAAGUCUGAGUCCCACUGUGGCUCUCAUCACUGCACUGGACCUGGCUGCUUCCACAGAAGAGCCUCCUGUUCUCCCAGCCACAUCACCACGGUCACAGGCCCGCCUCAGGCAUGAUGGGGAUGUGAUGCCCACCCUAGAUAUGGCACUCUUUGACUGGACAGAUUAUGAGGAUCUCAAACCAGAAAUGUGGCCAUCUGCUAAAAAGAAAGAGAAACGCCGCAGUAAGGGCCCCAGCAGUGGCAAUGAAACUGUGGGAGCUGAAGGAGAGCCCUGUGAUCAUCACCUUGACUGCCUGCCAGGCUCCUGCUGUGACCUCCGUGAACACCUCUGCAAACCCCACAACCGAGGCCUCAACAACAAAUGUUAUGAUGACUGCAUGUGCACUGAAGGGCUGCGCUGUUACGCCAAAUUCCACCGGAACCGCAGAGUGACCCGGAGGAAAGGGCGGUGCGUGGAGCCCGAGUCGGCCAACGGAGAGCAGGGAUCCUUCAUUAAUGUUUAGGAGGAUGGGAUUCCUGCCUUGGGAUGGUCAGGAGAUGGGAUCAAGAUGUUUAUAAACCUAGCAAUGGGAAUUAGAGGAAAAAAGGAAACGGUUGAAGCUGCAGGCUCUGAACGGGGGAGGCUGAAGCUGAUUAUAAAUUAUAAUUAUAAGUAAAGUGGCCUCAGCCUUUUCCACCCCAGGACUGUGUCCCCCCAUCCCUUCCCUCUGCACAUUCCUGCCACUGGGAUUGCCUCUUCUCUCCAGGUUAGUAAGAGAUGCUCAGUACUCCCCUUGUGAUGGUCCUGGCAAACGAAAGGCUCUGCAGUUUCAUCUCUUCCAAGAUUUGAAAGGUCUCUCAAGCCAAAGGGGACAUGAGCUUAAGCUUUACCCCUUAACUCCUGCUUGAGAAGAAAUGCAGAUCCUUCCUAAGGGCCAGAGCAGGAAGCUCGGAGCCUCCAGGCAGGAAUCAAAGGUGGGAAAAAGGAUCAGCAAGAACCUGCCUGCCCAGGGGAGGGGACACUGUCUGACAGAGCUUUCUCUCUGGUCACUGCUACAGACAGAUAUUUGUUUCAGAGCUGUUACACACUGCCACUUCCUACCUGUAUUUUCUGGGACCAUUCAGUGCUACUCCUUCUUUCCUCCUUCUUUCCUUCUUUUUCUCAUCUUCUUCCCUUCUUCUUUCCUCCUUCUUUCCUUCCCUCUUUCCUCCCUUCUUUCCUCCCUUCUUGCCUUCUUCUUUCCUUCUUUCCAGGGAACCACUUGGUGUCUGCAAGGAUGUGGCAAGACAUCCCAGCCUGCAGCUCUCCCUCAUUUAGUUAUCCUGCCAAGCCUGUUAUUUUUAAUGAUUAUUUUUAGGAGCUUUCUGGGGAAGUGAUAGUUUUCCUAGUGAGCAAAAAAAAAAGAUAAAGUUUUUGGUACCAGGAGCUAGGGACAGGCUGUUCUGUUGUAGUAAAUCCUGUAACAUGUUGCAUGUGUGUUCCCAUGAAAUGUAAAUAAAGAUAUGAUAGAUAUCU